ACACAUUAAAACACAGAAAAAUGACACCGAUGACGGCGGAUCAAGUGGAGAGAGCGGAGAGAGAGGUAAUGAGAUACGCAACAGAGGGAAUCCACUACGACAACGACGAGGAGCUGGAUUUGUUACGGCAAAGAGCGCCGACGUUCUUUGACAUGAGGGUUGACGUUCAGCAGUCAGUGGAGGCAAACGGAGACAGGUCAACAAGAGCACAGCAGUUGCUGCUGCGCUUAUCUCAAAAUGCCGGCGUGCAUGACGACCACAUCAUGACGGAGUGCUCUGUGAACACUCUUCACGGAGUUGUGGACUGGAUGUGCAACAACCAAGACAUCGACAGGACAAAAAGAGAGGGAGGAGGUUCGUACGACACGGCGACGUUCAAGAAAUUUGUGAGAUUCCAGACGAGGGAAAAUCAAAUGUUGAAGACAGGGGGUGGUGAAGAAUUGAAGCCGAACGCUGCGGAGAUAUUGGCGCUGAGCAGGAUGAACGAGGAGGCACAAAGAGAUCUUGUCGACUACCAUGAACUGGCGACAAUGGUGGUGGACGGUGUCGAGUAUGUGCUACUUGACCAGAUUGUGCACUUCAUGAAGAGUGGAGGCGAGGACAAGAACCUCAUUCACGAGGCAUUGCAUGAGGUGACGGAGGACGCAAUAGCAGCAGCGGAGGUUGUCGAUGUCGAGUGCGUAAAGGGUCGCACACUCGACCUUGUAUCGGGAGAUCCUGUGCCCCGAGGGAACAUAUUCGAGGCUGUAGAGGAGCUCACCGCGGCAUUGACGGACGUGGACAGGAGGAGGAAGAGAAAGCAAGGAUGGGAAAUCGUUGUCCGAGAACACAAUAGCACAAGGACACACACAAGAGACAUAAUAGUGCAGGACGUAGGUGGCGCUGUAUCUCUCUCGGAUGUGACGACCGUGUUGAAGAAUCCUGCUGCGGAUGCCCGGACUGUCCAUGGCGGAUUCAGUGAGUGGAGAUUGGCACCCAUACGUCCUUCAGGUGACUUCAACGAAGGGGGUGAACAACCGUCUUGGCAGGGAGAUGAUGCGGUGGUUCGUUCUGAUGACAAGGGCGAUGCGCAGACACGACCGCAGCAAGAGAACCCGGCUUUACGGGACUUGGAGGUGAGUGGCAGUGAUAUCAACAGCGAUAAGGAGGGCGAGGAAUACGACCUUUACUGGGACGUAAAACGAGGUGGUGGUCAAACCACGAAAGGCUGGUGUCAUGCGAUUUUGAGGUUGGCGCGUUAUUUCUCGAAACCGCAUCCAUUGAUACGUGUUGUGGACAAGGUGGCAACACCGGACGGGCUUCUACACUUCGUAGCUAUCAAGACGAUUAUGUCGUGCAUCGAAACCGGCAAACGUUGGACUCGCACUAGAAAAUCAUGGUUUGUUCUCAUACAGAAGAAGACCAUUCUGACGACAUCGAUGUCAUGGGGUGUGAACCUGAGUUGCGUCAUACACGGAGCAGCUGUCACUGCAUGCGGUGCCACCGUGCACCCCACAAUGUCAACAACGGCUGCAAUUAUACAUGCACAACCAACACUCCUUCUGUGUGCCACGAAAGACGACAAUAUCGAUGCUGCUAUGGACAUGGGUCGAACAUCAGAGGAACAAUUGAAACGGAGAAAAUUAUAGGGUUUUCUCUCUUUCUCUCUCUCUCUCUCUCACACACACACACACACACACACAUAUUAGAUAUUCUUAUUACCAUA